AUGUCUUCCGUCGCCCCUCAACAGGGUUCGGCCGUCGGAGAUGACGAUGGUAGCGUUACGGUAGAAGCUCGCCAAGAAGCCCCGGAAUUGUCGCAGAACCGUGUGGCUUCGUACUCUCACGAUAACGUCUCUGCCCGCAUCCAGUCUCGUGGUGCCAACAACGGUCACGUUGCUGGCGGUCAACCUCAAGAACAGAGCGUUGCGAGCCUGGAAGCCGACAUGGCCAGGUACCAGCCGACGUAUUAUGUCGUUGUCGUUCCGUCUAACUCAAACUUGGCUGGAUUCGGCUCGCAGUUUGAAUGA